AUGGAGAGCUCCCUUGGGAGACAUCUUGUCUCGCCCUUGUUCACGUUCACGGUAGGCACUGAAAGGAAGGAAUUCGUCGUUCAUUCUUCCGCUCUGGCGGAGCUUUCUCCAAGUAUUAACCCUCUAAUGAAUGGUGGAAUGCGUGAGGCCAAGGCAAAACAUGUCGACUGGUCAGAGAUCGAUAUCGACACAUUCAUUCGCUUAUGCGAAUUCGCCUAUUUCAAAAACUACAUACCUCCUUCACCUCGCCUGGUUGAAGGCCGAACCCUCCCAGAAGCGGAGUUUGAAGAGGUCGUGCCUGACCCGUGCCUGAACCCGUGCCUGAACUGUUGGAGCCUUCGAAUGAAAUACCUCCGGCUGAGGACACGAUUUGUGAUGACCAAGAAAUCAUGUACAAGGAACGAAGCUUUGAGACUGGAAAGCUACGAUUUGCAUUCUUAA